AUGAUUAUUUGCCUGGAGGAAGAAGUCCUUCCCUUCAUUCCAUCCGCUUCAGAACACAUGCUCAAAGACUGUGAAGCAAAGGACCUCCAGGAAUUCAUCCCUCUCAUCAACCAGAUCACAGCCAAAUUUAAGAUACAGGUAUCCCCAUUUUUACAACAGAUGUUCAUGCCUCUUCUUCAUGCAAUUUUUGAAGUUUUGCUCCGACCAGCAGAAGAAAAUGACCAGUCUGCUGCUUUAGAGAAGCAGAUGUUGCGGAGGAGUUACUUUGCUUUCCUGCAAACCGUCACGGGCAGCGGAAUGAGUGAAGUCAUAGCAAAUCAAGGUGCAGAGAAUGUAGAACAAGUGCUGGUUCCUGUUAUUCAAGGAGCAGUCGAAUAUCCAGAUCCCAUUGCUCAGAAAACAUGUUUUAUUAUCCUUUCCAAGUUGGUAGAACUCUGGGGAGGUAAAGAUGGACCAGUGGGAUUUGCUGAUUUUGUUUAUAAGCACAUUGUCCCCGCAUGUUUCCUAGCACCUUUAAAACAAACCUUUGACCUGGCAGAUGCACAAACAGUAUUGGCUUUAUCUGAGUGUGCGGUGACACUGAAAACAAUUCAUCUCAAACGGGGCCCAGAAUGUGUUCAGUAUCUUCAACAGGAAUACCUGCCUUCCUUGCAAGUAGCUCCAGAGAUAAUUCAGGAGUUUUGUCAAGCGCUUCAGCAACCUGAUGCUAAAGUUUUUAAAAACUACUUAAAGGUGUUCUUCCAGAGAGCAAAGCCCUGA